AUGGGUGAUUUGGAUAGCUCCCACGUAACCUUGGUUGAUGGAUCUGUGUUGGAGAGUGGUGGUCAAAUCCUACGUAACGCUGUCUCGAUAGCAGUGAUAACGAAAAGACCCAUCGAGGUGUGUAAUAUUCGAGCUGGUCGACAGAAUCCAGGUCUCAGAAGUCAACACGCAGCUGCUCUCGAACUCGCUAGUAGAGUGUGUUGUGGUCAUUUAUCGUCGUGUGCAAUUGGAUCUACGGAAAUUCGGUUAAUACCUAGUCAGAUUUCUCCCGGUUCGUAUGAAGCUGAUGCUAAGACGGCAGGGUCAGUCUCACUGAUGCUACAAGCUGUAGCGCCAGUGUUAGCGUUUGCUUCCAAUCAGAGUGAACUGUUGUUGCGUGGUGGUACAGAUACAUUGUUUGCACCUCCAAUCAACUAUAUGAUUGAGGUAACAUCACAUUACUUUAGAAAAAUGGGUUUGGUUUGUGAAGUAAAAGUCAUUCGACGAGGGUUUCAUCCAUUAGGUGGAGGGAUUGUCAAAGUACUGAUUUCACCUUUAAAAGAGCCACUUUCUCCCAUUUGUUUGUUAAAUUCAGGAACCGUUGAGAAAGUCAGUGGUUAUUCUCUUGUUGCAGGAAGAGUUCCACUAAAGGUUGCUCAUGAAGUGAAAGAUGAAGCGUUGCGUUGUCUCAGCAAAUGUUUCUCAUGUCCUAUAAAUAUUGAUUCAUUCCAAGAAAGCAGUGAUCGUUGUAAGGGCAACGUUGCGGCAUUUAUGUUCGUUAUGCAUACUUCAACAGAUUGCCGUCUGGCCGUUACUGGAAUUAUUAAUCCUCGAGAUCAUCAUUAUAGGCAAAUGGUCUCAGAAGCCUGUCAGUCACUUUAUAACUAUUCCAAAUUUGGAAUAUGUUGUGACGAUUAUAUGCAAGAUCAGCUUAUAAUGCUUAUGGCAUUAGCUAAGGGAAAUUCACAAAUACGUUGCGGGCCGUUGACAUUACAUACAAAGACUGCAAUAUAUGUUGCAGAACACUUACUUGGUGUUAAAUUCGAAGUAAUCACGAAUGAUGGAUCUUCAGUCAUAUCGUGCAAUGGUGUUGGAUACACACCUGAACAUUUGAAAAAUUCUUGUUCAUAA